CUGACCGCAAAGUGUCUACUGUUUAAAAGAAAGGGACUUCUCCCUCCCUCUCUCUCUCACUCUCUCCCUCUCUCUCUCUCUUUCACUCAUUCCCUCUCUCAGCAUCAGCAGACAUACACUGGCUGGAUGGAGCACUCUCACUGAGAGCAGAGAGACAGGAGGAAAUGACAGGACUGUCAUCUGUCUAAAGAAAAUUAAAAAGCACUUCAAGAGUUCCUGAUGUUUUUAACCUCCGUUUGGCAACACGUCGCAGUUCCCUAGACGGAGGCACGUCUCUGAGCUUGUAGAGGAGGAUUGGUCUCACUAAGGAUCAAAUCCAAAUCUUUGGUAUCUUAAAACAGUUUAAACAAUCACGCCAGUAAGAAGAGGCAAGGAGCAAAUCAUCAUGGGGAUGCGAGGCCUGCUUCUGGCCUGUGUGGCAGUAGCCAUGUUAGUUCAUCUCUCUAGUGCUGGCCUGGUGAAAAGAGUAAUUAGACACAGAAGAGAAUCACUGUCACCGACCACUGAGAACUUGACCCUCCCAAGUCCUGAUCAGCCUGUGGUUUUUAACCAUGUAUACAACAUCAACGUUCCCUCUGGCUCCCUGUGCUCUGUGGACUUGGAUUCACCUGGAACAACACCAGUGAAGCCAAAACCGGCCAAUCUUCAGUCUGACCAGCACAUAGAACACACCACGGAUGGAGAGAAUCAGAUUGUUUUUACGCAUAGGAUUAACAUUCCCAAGCAAGCUUGCGGUUGUGAUAACCACAUGCCUGACCUGAAGGAUCUUCUGAACAGGCUGGAAAUGCUGGAGGCGGAGGUAUCCAGUCUAAGAGAGCAGUGCACCAGUGGAACAGGCUGUUGUAGUGCUCAGGUGUCAGCAGGUGAAGUCACAACCAAACCCUACUGCAGUGGCCGCGGAAACUACAGCACCGACACCUGCAGCUGUGUGUGCGAGCCCGGUUGGAAGGGAGUCAACUGCUCUGAGCCAGAAUGCCCCAACUUUUGCCAAGAUCAAGGCCGCUGUGAAGAUGGCAAGUGCGUCUGCUUCGAGGGCUUCGGCGGUGAGGACUGCAGCGUCGAGCUGUGCCCAGUGGAUUGCGGUGAGAAUGGAGAGUGCAUCGACGGGGCUUGCAUCUGCGCUGAGGGCUUCAUCGGUGAGGAUUGCAGUAUGACCAACUGCCUGAACAACUGCCUGGGCAGGGGGCGCUGUGUGGAUGACGAAUGUGUGUGUGAUGAGCCUUGGACAGGCUUUGACUGCUCCGAGCUCAUCUGUCCCAAUGACUGCUACGACCGUGGCCGCUGUGACAAUGGAACCUGCUAUUGUGAAGAGGGCUUUACUGGGGAGGACUGCGGGGAGCUUACCUGCCCCAAAAACUGCAAUCACCGUGGCAGGUGCGUCAAUGGACAGUGCGUCUGCAACAUUGGCUACAGCGGAGAUGACUGCUCCAAGCUAACCUGCCUCAAUGACUGCAAUCAGAGAGGGCACUGCUUCAAUGGGAAGUGCAUAUGCGAUCCUGGGUUUGAGGGUGAGGACUGCGGCAUUCUUUCCUGCCCUGACAACUGCAAUGAUAGGGGACAGUGUGUCAAUGGUGAGUGUAUUUGCGAUGAUGGAUAUGAAGGUGAUGACUGCUCCGAGCUCUCUUGCCCCAAUAACUGUCACGAUCGGGGCCGAUGCGUCAACGGGAAGUGCAUUUGCAAAGUAGGCUUUGCUGGAGAAGAUUGCAGCAUUAAGACCUGUCCCCAUGACUGCCAUGGACGCGGAGAGUGUGUUGACGGCAAAUGCGUUUGCCAUGAUGGCUUUGCUGGAGAACACUGUGGCAUCAAGACCUGCCCCCAUCAUUGCCAUGGACGGGGACAGUGUGUGGACGGCAAGUGUGUUUGCCACCAUGGCUUUGCCGGAGAAGAUUGCAGCAUCAAGACCUGUCCCAGUCACUGCCAUGGACAUGGACAGUGUGUGGAUGGCAAGUGCAUUUGCCACCAUGGCUUUACUGGAGACGAUUGCAGCAUCAAAACCUGUCCCAAUGACUGUCAUGGGCGUGGAAAGUGCGUGGACGGCAAGUGCAUUUGCCAUGAUGGUUUUGCUGGAGAAGACUGCAGCAUCAAAACCUGUCCCAAUAAUUGUCAUGACCGUGGACAGUGUGUGGACGGCAAGUGCGUUUGUCAUGCUGGCUUUACAGGCCAUGACUGUAGUGAGUUGACUUGCCCCAAUGACUGCCAUAACCGAGGACUUUGUGUAAAUGGCCAAUGUGUGUGUAACAUCGGGUUCUCUGGGGAGGACUGUAGUACAAAGACAUGUCCCAACAACUGCCUGGACCGUGGCUACUGUGAAGAUGGAAAGUGUGUCUGCUCUGAGGGCUACACCGGUGAGGACUGCUCUGUUUUGACCUGCCCAGCAAACUGCAAUGACCAAGGCCAAUGUCUGAAUGGAAUGUGCAUAUGUGAUUUAGGCUUCACUGGCGACGACUGCUCUGAAAUCUCCCCACCCAGAGACUUGACUGUGACUGAGGUCGAUCCAGAAACGGUGGACGUUGCCUGGGUCAAUGAGAUGCUUGUGACGGAGUAUCUUAUCACUUAUGUGCCUACGGCUCCUGGCGGUUUGGAGAUGGAAAUGAGAGUUACUGGUGAAAAGAAGAUGGCCACUAUUAGGGAGCUUGAGCCUGGCAUAGAGUACCUAAUAAGUGUCUUUGCUGUCCUGAACAGCAAGAUGAGUGUCCCUGUCAGUGCCAGAAUAGCCACACAUCUUCCUGAACCCGAGGGCCUGAAAUUCAAAUCGGUUAGAGAGACCUCAGUGGAGGUUGAGUGGGACCCCUUGAACAUCCCGUUUGAUGGCUGGAACCUCAUCUUCAGAAACACAAAAGAAGAGGAUGGAGAGAUUUUGAACUCUCUCACCCCUCCUGAGACCACCUUUGAGCAGUCUGGUCUUGGACCUGGACAAGAAUAUGAAGUCAAGCUUGAGGUUGUAAAGAACAACACCCGCGGACCCCCAGCCAGCAAGAACGUUGUCACAAUGAUUGAUGCUCCCAGCCAAGUGGAUGUGCGUGAUGUGACAGACACCACAGCCCUUAUCACCUGGCUUCAGCCUGUCGCUCAGGUGGACGGGAUCUCUCUGUCCUAUCGCCCUAUCACAAAUUUAGACAAAACAACAAUAGAGCUUUCCUCCAUAGAUACCCAGUAUCAUCUGGCUGAGCUGUACCCUGACACAGAGUAUGAGGUCUCUCUCAUGGCUCGCAGGGGAGAGAUGACCAGCUUUCCGGUCGAUGAGCGCUUCACCACAGACCUUGAUGCCCCCAAAAACCUCAGGGCGGUUGAACAGACAGAUGAGAGCAUAACUCUGGAGUGGGAAAACAGCGAGGCCAAUGUCUUCAUUUACCGCGUCAAAUACGGCCCAAUUUCUGGAGGGGAGCAUGGAGAGCUGGUCUUCCCCAGCGGCCCUAAGGAUACCACUCAGGCUAAAAUCACUGGCCUUAGGCCCGGGACGGAGUAUGGAAUGGGCGUGACGUCAAUCAAGGAAGAGCGUGAGAGUUUGCCUGCAACGACUAAUGCUGUGACUGAUAUUGAUGCUCCCAAAGACUUUGAAGUAAGUGAGACCACAGAGACCACAUUGGCACUGGUUUGGAGGAGACCGGUCGCCAAAAUCGACACCUAUACGCUAGCGUUUACAUCUGAGGAUGGAACUGAAGCUGAACACGAGAUACCUGGUGCUGCCAAUACCUACAUCCUCAGUGACCUGUCCCCCGGCAUGCUGUACACCAUCAGCCUGACUGCCAAGAGAGGAAGAAAGAUGAGCGCACCAGCCACUCUGUCAGCAUCCACAGAUGAAGAGAAGCCUCAGGUGGGCAACAUCACCAUCUCUGAUGUGUCCUGGGACAGCUUCAGUGUGUCCUGGGAGCUGGACAGAGGAGAGGUUGAGGGCUUUCUGGUUGAAGUAUCUGACCCAGAUGGUUUAUCUGAUGGCCAGAACCAUACUCUAUCCAGCCAGGAGUUCAGCCUGGCUGUCUCUGACCUCUCCCCUAGUACUUUCUACAGGGUCACACUGUAUGGGCUGUACAAGGGAGAGCUCUUAGAUCCUGUCUUUGCUGAAGCCAUCACAGAAACUGAACCUGAAGUGGAGCAUCUUAUGGUCUCGGACAUCACCCCGCACAGCUUUAAACUGACAUGGACGGCACCAGAAGGCGUCUUUGAUACAUUCACUCUCAAAAUCGUCGAUUCUAAUGGCCUGGGCCAACCUCUCCAGAUCAGUGUUUUUGGAGUCGAGCGAACAGAAGUGGUGACAGGUCUCAAAGAAGAUAUGGAGUAUGAAAUCGAGCUCUUUGGGAUCAUUAUGGGAAGGAAAUUCCAGCCCAUUUUGGCUGUAGCUCGAACAGGUUUGGGAACACCCAAGGGGAUACGCUUUUCUGAUGUGACGGAUACAUCGGCUACUGUUCACUGGACUUUGCCUCAAACCCAUGUAGACAGCUACCGGGUCACCUAUGUGCCCAUUCAGGGUGGCAGCCCUAUGACACUGAGAGUAGAUGGAGGAGAAUCCCAAGCCAUGCUGCCUAAUCUGACCCCUGGAGUGACCUACCAGGUCACUGUCAUCGCUGUGAAGGGCUUGGACGAGAGCGAACCAGGAUCUGAGAGAGUCACGACAGCCCUGGAUAAGCCGAGAGGUCUGACAGCAGUCAACAUCACUGACACUGAAGCUCUGCUGCUGUGGCAGCCGUCCAUUGCUACUGUGGAUGGAUAUGUCAUCACUUACAGCGCAGACAGUGUGGCUCCAGUGAUGGAACGGGUGUCUGGGAACACUGUGGAGUUUGAGAUGAGCUCCCUCACACCUGCCACCUUAUACACUGUUAAAGUCUAUGCUGUCAGAGAGGCAGCCAAGAGCGCCGCAACCACCACAGAGUUCACCACAGAUGUUGAUGCCCCUCAGAAUCUGGCUGCCAGUAAUAUUCAAACAGAGAGCGCCAUGUUGACAUGGAAACCACCAAGAGCAGACAUCAGUGGGUAUAUCCUCAGCUUUGAGUCUGCUGAUGGCAUCGUGAAGGAUGUUGUCCUUAGCCCCACGGCAACAUUUUACAGCAUGUCUCAGCUGACUUCCUCCACAGAAUACACAGUCAGACUGCAGGCCAUCGCUGGGCCGAAGAGAAGCAGAAUCAUCUCCACAGUCUUCACCACCAUUGGAGUGCUAUACAAGCAUCCUAAAGACUGCUCGCAGACUCUGUUAAACGGAGAAGCAACCUCGGGCCUGUACACUAUUUACCUUCGUGGAGAUGAGAGUCAGCCUCUGCAGGUCUACUGUGAUAUGACCACUGAUGGAGGAGGCUGGAUUGUGUUUGUGAGACGGCAGAGCGGUAAAGUGGAGUUUUUCAGAAACUGGAAGAACUACACUGCAGGCUUCGGUGACCUGAAUGAUGAAUUCUGGUUGGGUCUCUCUAACCUCCAUAAGAUCACCUCCUCUGGGCAGUAUGAGUUGCGUGUGGACCUCAGUGAUAAGGGAGAGUCUGCAUAUGCGCAGUAUGACAAGUUUUCAGUCUCAGAACCACGCAGUCGCUACAAAGUACAUGUUGGCGGAUACAGCGGCACUGCAGGUGACUCAAUGACGUAUCACCACGGCCGUCCAUUCUCGACCUACGAUAAUGACCACGAUAUAGCCGUCACCAACUGUGCUCUGUCUUACAAGGGAGCUUUCUGGUAUAAAAACUGUCAUCGAGUGAAUAUAAUGGGACGAUACGGCGAUAACAGUCAUAGCAAGGGUGUAAACUGGUUCCACUGGAAGGGUCACGAGCACUCCAUUGAGUUUGCAGAGAUGAAGAUCAGGCCUGCUAACUUCAGGAAUUUCGAGGGAAGGAGAAAGCGAUCGUAAACCAGUGAGCUCCAACCCAGACCCAAGCAACCCUCCACUGCUGACCAUUCGCCCCUCGUUUCUCCUGCAUCAUCUCAUCCCCUUCAUCUACCAAAGUCACUGCCAGGAGCCCAGCCAGCUCUUCACGCUCUCCUAUUCACGGAGAACAAGUACAAAAAAAGUUUUCACCCUCCCAUUCAAAGCUACAGCCAAUACACAGUUGUGUGUGUACCACUUCUGUGCAAGUCAAUCUGACAGAAAACCAAUAGACUCAUAGUGAAGUGUUUAACAUUACACACUGUGCCUGUACAUCAUAUGCACACCAAAGACAGACACUCCAGUAACAUCUAUAUGAUACAAUGCCUACGGAGAGGAGAUUUUGAGUUUGGCUCGGUGCUUUCCAGUUUAAAAAAUAAUGAUAUUAUUCUUUCUGUAUAUCCCAUACAGUUACAGUGGGAAGAGUUGAAUGUUUGUGUGUGGUAUUUUUGCUUCAGAGCCUCUUCCCUAGACUGUGAAAUAGCCUCCAGAACUAUUUAUCCUUUAACUUCUCUAUUAGGGCGAGAAGGUUAAUGGCACAUGAUAAAAACUCGGCAUUUAAUAUGCAGGACUGCAUAAAAAACAUCUAGUGGGGAGGCUCAGAGAUUUUUUAUUUUUAUUUUUUUUUUCAUCUCUUUAGUCUGUGACAAAUCUAAGUACCCAUGCUCUCUGUUUUCUCUCUCCCACAACUCAUGCAUUUAUCAGUUCAGAAGUGGCACAUUUCUGGAACCGGUACAUACACAGUACUGCUAAGUGUUCAUUUAUAUGCACCUUUUGUCGUGUUUCCUGUACCCUAUAACUAUAUUGGCAUUCGGUCACAGAGCAUAAGAAUCUUGAUUUGCUGAUUUCUAUCCUCUAAAAAAAGAUUUAAACGAAACAAAAGUUAAGGCAGGACCUAUGUUCAGUCUUUUGUUUAAGUGAUAAUGUGUUCGCCAGUUAUGAGCUUGUAUAAUGUUCAAAAUUCAGGAAAGGUAAAAGUAAUAGCCAGGUGAUUGGAAUUAUUGUAAACAUAGCCUCAUAUGAAAGUUCUGUUGGCAAAAAAAAAAAGAAAAAAGAAUUAAUAUACAGAAUAAGUCUUCGUGUUCGCCCCUACCCUGCUAUCGACUAAACCACUGACCCUAUACAAUACCUGUGUAAAUUAUGUCUCGUUUUGGUAUUUGAAUAUUUUUGUUUGUUUGUUUGUUUAUUAAAUGGGUGUACAACAGGUGUUUCUUUGUAACCCCUCUUACAAUAAAAACAGAUUUUGUUUAAUAAA